AAUAUAUUUCGUUCAUUGAGAUCCGAUGUGUGAUUCAAGUGUUCCCCUCAUUUUGUUGAGCAGUGUACAUAAAUUCAAAAUACUCCGCGAUGCGUCGUGCCUAAGAACAAUUCUUAGCCGUAGAAUAUUGGCCAUAUACCACAUUCCAUACUUCUUAAAUGCUACAUUUAAGAACAGUUCUUAGAAAUGACACAUAGUGAUAGCUAGAAAACGUACCACAUUAUAUCGGUCAUUUACCGCAAACCCUGACGUGUCUUUCACAGUUGUAGGCAGCUAAUACCACAGGACGAUUAUUUUUAUGGAUCUGGUCGAACAUAAUAAUUAUAUAACAACAUCAUUAUAUACAACAAUUGACCACAACUAAAGAAUAUCUACCAAAACUAUAUGUAUUGUUAUUAUUUCACCAAAACUUUUUCACCAAAAAUAUUUGCCUCCCUCUGCUUUUAACCCAAUCCGUUGUACUUAACGUAAAUGUAGCACACACAUUCCGUCGGUUUUCGAUAGACAAGUUGAUGGUUAAUUACGUCAUCAAACGUAACGUCAUGUAAACACUGUCAGCUGGGUCUUUUGCCAGAAGCCGCACUCUUGCUAGCUUGGUUUUUUAGGGGGGUUCAUACAGUAGUACCUAAUUAUUUCUGAUCUGUCAUCUCACCAUGACUGUGUAGACUUCAAACAAAUAAAACGUUUAACUUUGGAGUAAUUUUAUCGGAUUGGAGGAAUCUCUCCCUUGUUUUGUAAUAAGUUUAGCCAGUUUGCUAUCCUAGCUGGUUAGCUUAUAGUUAGCCAGCUAGCUGAAUAACCAACAGCAGUAGCUUCACUGUGAGACAGGAUUAGGGUUAGGGGACGAAUAGAGACUGCAUAGCGUAACGUUAACUGAGAGGUAAGCCAUUGUAUAUACUUAAUUAGCAUUCGUAGUAACAAAGGAAUAGUGAAUACUAAUUUCUCAGGAAUAACCGGUCAGGAGUUCUUGCAUUGCUAACCAGGAAGGCUAUUCAAAAGGUACUUACAGUAGCGUAGGAUCCAAAUCAGAAUGCCCUGACUGAGCUGGUGCCACAAGUUCGUGGAGAGAGCUGCCGUACUUAGUACGAGAAUAGAUUUUCUGCCAGGUCAAAAGCUGCGAGGAAGAGGACUCGUUUCUUGUACACUGAAAGUUGCUCAGGGGUCCGCCGCGUUGUAACCAAAAGAACUGACUGACAAUCGUCUCCCAAAUGUUGACAGAAAACAGGAAGCGGCGGCGUGGUGGAGACAAUGAGGGAGACCAGCUGAACCCCCAGGCCAAAAGGUCAGGAGGGGGUCAGGAAGGUCAAGCCCUGGUGUCAAAGCUGAGCCAAGAUGUCUGGGACUCAGAGUCGUCCAGCAGUGACAGCAGUAGUGGGAUCAGUAGUCCUGAGAGGGCCGCAGGAGCCAGCACCAGCACAUGUACACAGAGCCAGAAGAACUGCACUUCCCAGGGUCUCCUCAGUGCCUCGUCAGAACACCCUUCCAUUUCCUCGCUGAGUCUCCAUGGCGACGGCGCCUCCUACGAUCACAUCAACAGACUACUGAGGGAGGCCCACUUCAGCAGUCUGCAGACCAGAGGUCAACCCGGAUCUACGUGACCUCACCUUACCCCCCGACCCCACUUGAACGUGCCCGUGCCGCGGCAGGAUCCGGGAAUAAAUUGCCCGUAGGCUCAAAUCGAGGAUCGACUGACCUCAGAUUUGGGUCUAGGGGCAGAUGAGGGUACACAUCCGUUGGGCUUUGUGCUCAUGAUCCAUACCAUCGUCCCUGUGCUGUACACCUUGUAAUGUGCCAUACAUGAAACCAAGCUACAUAUCCAAUGGCCAGCCCACUGUGGUAAUACUAUAUGCAGUGUGUAUGUACUCCAGCACUUUACUGAGGGGUCUGCUACUCUGUGGGCCUCCUUACAUGAGUGAGUUGUUGUUGAUUAUCAUUGCCACUGGUGCUAUCUACUACGGACAAUACGUCUGUGUGAGUGUCUGAUGUGCUUGCUAUAGCCCAAUUAAUAAAGAGAAGCACUUUA